AUGUGCCAUUACUGGACCACCAAAUACACCUUUUGCGGCUGCAUCUGCGACGACAUAUACCAGCUCUGCCCCUACCGCGAGUACUGCGUCGGCACGGUGCUCACGCAGACCGAAUACGAAGAUGAUUUGUGCUGGGAGUGUCGCGAUGAUGCAAAGGAACGGACUAGAUGGGUUGAGUUGGUGAGGGAGAUGGAGACUCCGGCGGCGGAGGCGAUGGCGGGUACACAGUCCGAGGGAGAGAAAGAGGGAGAGGCAGAGAAGGGCGCAGAAGGACAAGAGGGGAAUGGUGGUGGAGAGGGUAAAGGCAAACGGAUUCGUCGUCCAAAAUUGGUUACCUGCGAUGUUUCUAGGGUUUGUGAUCCUGAGGUUAUUAAGAGAGGGUGUGAGCGUGUGCGACGGGCUUGCUUUGAUGAGAUGGAGUGA